AUGGCAUUUCAAACGAGCAUUCUUCGGGACGGCGAAUGGGUGACCGAGACUGUCAACCUCCAGGCUGCUCUGCAAGCAUCUACGACUCCAAAAUCCGCUACACGGGCUCACCCGGAGCCACCAAGCUGUGGAAUCUUGUCCAGGACCAUAGUAGAGAGCCCUGUCGUUCACCGGAUUCUUCCUGUUCGUUUGAGAUCCGAGACUCACAACGACAUAGCUUUUGUCGGAGACCACUUUGUGCAAAUAAGCGAGCUUAGGCGAGAUGGACAAGUUCACGAGGUUGUACGAAAAAGUGAUUUUGGCUCCAGGAUCCGAGGAGCCGCUGUGAUAGGAGACUCCUUCCAGCAUGGGUUAGAUGACGAUGACCCUGCCGACAUGGUAAAAGGCGAGGACCAAGACAUUCUCAUGCGAGACCCCCUCGACGCUGGCCUUGACUCCCGCCACCGAUUGCCACCGCAACUACUAGUUCUGAUACUAGAAUCUGGUGAUACCAUGUAUAUGUUUCUGCGGGAAAGGCCUGACUCAACAUUAGAAUUUGUGUUUAAUAAGCGAGAAAGUCCCAAGAAUCUCUCUUAUUUUGGAUAUCACUUAUCCGUUGAUCCAUCAUCACGGUACAUGGCCGCAGCUUCGCCCGAUGGCGUCCUCGUCAUAUACGAAUUUGAAUCAAUGGCCGGACUCAACCAACAAUAUCGCCAACAAGGUUUUUUUGACCCUGUCAAAUCGAUUCGAAUUCGUUCUAUACAGGGCGUGAUUCAUAAAUUGGAGUUCCUGUAUCCCCGUCCAGAGGAUGAUUAUCAUAUCAUUCUUCUUCUGAUUGUAACAAGAAGGGAAAGACGAUCCGCAGAACCGGUUUCCCGGAUGGUCACCUACGAAUGGGAGGUAGGGGACAAUCUCAAAGAAAUCUUUGCCGAAGAGAAAGCUGGCAAUAGGCUACCUAAGGAGCAUCGAAUGCCAUCUCUUCUCAUACCCCUUCGAUUCAACACGGCCUUCUUCGCGGUUUCCCAGCCAGAUAUUGGUAUCGUGAAGAACUGUCUUUCUGGCUCCCCGGUGUUCGAGGUCCUCGAUACGGAUACACCUGGGCGAACGCCUCUCCAUCACGGUGCAGACAAACCACUUUGGACGGCCUGGUCUAGGCCAUUCCGCAGGAAGAAAUAUUUCGAAAAGACUGACAUUAUCUAUCUAGCUCGUGAGGAUGGAGCCAUAAUUCACGUUGAGAUCGACGCUCCGGAGUUAGUCCCUUCUGUUACUAAUGUGGGCUGCCUCAACACCAACAUUAACACGGCUUUCACUAUUGCGUACGAUGUUUUCUCCGACGUUCUUAUAAUAGGUGGUGAUUCUGGCCCAGGCGGCAUUUGGAAGCUUGCGCCUCGUACUGACCUUGAACAAGUCAGUGUUUUACCCAACUGGUCACCGGUUGUCGACCUGGUUACCUCUGGCGGGCGUCCACUCAAAGCUUCGAGCGCCUUGGAACCCCGAAAUGCGAAUUCAAGAAGCCUUGAAAUGAAUAACCUACCCCUAAAGCCGGAAAGCCUGUUCAGUGCGUCUGGUCGCGGCAUUCGGGGUAAUUUAACUCAAUGGAGAUGGGGCGUCCAAGGCAGGAUUGGGCUCGAUAUCGAGACCGGUGAACCUAUCAGGUGUGCCUGGGGGUUCUCGAUGAACGGCCCGGAAGGGAACGGAUUGUUUGGCUUGCUUGCCUUGCCUGAUUCUUCCAUACUGCUGCAUUUCUCUAGUGACUUCAGUCAGGUAGAUGCAGUAGCACCCGACAGUACCGCAUUUGACUUGACGUCUCGGACGUUGCAUGCUUGCCAAGCCCAGUCAGGGCUCAUACUUCAAGUUACUGAGUCCUCCGUCGCCCUGUUAUCAGACUCUCGAACAUCACUUCACUCUCUGCAAAGUAUACUCGGGAUACCUUGUGUUCGUGCAGAGAAUGCUUUUUGCGCAGACGACAUUCUUGUUCUCUCCACACACAACGAUGGGAAUUCUCAGUUGCACAUUUUGCAAAUUGAAGGGAUGAGCAUCCGAGCCGUCAAAUCUUGGGAUAUUGCGGGCGAAGUUACAUGCGUGUCCCUCUUCAAAACAGCAGGCGAUUAUUUUGUGAUCAGUGGCUCUGUUAUUGACAGCACCUCAUGGGUCUUCGCCUAUGCGCUGGAUGGCACCGCCAUAGUCGCUGAAGCUGUUGACAAAAAGAGAGGCCAAAGGUCGGAACGCGUCACCUGGAACAGUGAAGCUAUGGGCGUGGCCCCAGUCGAUGUCUUCCCAACACACAGCCUCUUCGACGGCGGUUUCGCAACCAUGGCUUGCUGUGACAACAACAUUACGAUGAUGUCGAACUUUUCACCGUCGACCCUCAAGUUUCAAAAAAAAAAUUUCAUUUGGCUGACAGACUCGAACGAUGCCUCGAUGCCGUCACCACCCAUUCAUUCCGCGUUUGGCCUUGGUGUUAGCUUAUCUGGCUACAGUGGUCACAUGUCACUCAUGCUUCUUGCCGGCUCCAGGCUUCUGAUUGCAGAAAUAUGGCCGCACUGCUCCCUGGUUCCCAGGAGCCUGCCUCUGAACGGUACCCCUACACGUGUCAUAUUCUCGCAAGCGUGGAACUGUUUAGUGGUUGCAUUACUGAAGGAUGGUAAAUCUACCUUAGCAUUCAUUGAUCCUGAAAGUGGUAUGCAUCUUGCAUCUGCUUGUGACAAGGAUAGGAACCCUUUGGAGUUUAUUUCGGGCCUUGGCCACCCAGGAGACAGAAUUUAUGGUCUCAACGAAUGGUUGUAUGUGAAAGACGGCAAGACUUUUGCUUUCCUUUUGGUGACGACGAAAGAAGGCAGGCUACUUAUCGUGUCAGUGAACAAAUCGGAAUCUCGCACCGGUGAUGGUGGCGGAAAACGACUGCACUAUUGGACUCGUUACAAGAAAGUGAUGGCCAAGCCUAUAUACUCUAUUGUUGGCGACAACGACGGGAUCAUAUUUUGCGUCGAUAAGACUAUUCACUGGGAUGUCCUGGAUCUGACGGAGAAGAAACUGCGGCCCAUGAAGCAGUAUGAAGUUGAUUCUCCUGUAAUAUCUCUUCGCGUGUUCAACGGCAAAAUUCUUGCGCUGACUACUAUGCAUUCCCUCGAAGUAAUUGACCAUAGGGCGGGAGAAGACGGUCCGAUGUCUCUGAUACAUACGGAUGCUAUAUCGAGGACAACUACUCAUAUGACGGACAUUGGAACAGACGGGUGGGACUCUGACGUUGUUGGCAGGUGGCCAAUUACCAUGCUCUCUGACCACAGAGGAGGGCUUGUGGGCGUAUGGAUUCCAUGGGGCCAAAAAGGCAAGGAAUUUCAGACAAUUUUUGAAGCAAUACUUCCCACUUCCGUCCGACGAUUUACCCACGCUAGGAGCCGGCCGCUGUGGUUAGGGUCGGAGACGCGGAAUCGAUUUGGCGUCGUGGCCAGCAGCAAAGAAGGAUCCGAGGUAUUUGGGGUUUCUCUCGACGGCUCACUACGACAUUUCACAUUGAUAAACUUAGAGCUAUGGCGAAUUCUGAGCCUAGUCCAAAUUCUGGCGCAGCGUAGUAGGCUGUUUAAGACCAUGGCUGGAUCUCCCUCAGAUUCGGACAGCACGGGGUCAGACGACGACGUUGAUAUUGAACCGCGCUUACAUCCAAAGCUAAUGCACAUUGACGGUGAUCUGUUGUAUCGCUGUCUGGAAAACCGACUUCUCGAGAAGCUUGUUGGGACAGCUGACGGGCUGGAUCUUUUUUGUGAGUAUCUCGAUGGUCUAGAUGGUGGCCGCUGGACAGACAGGUUCAGGGACGGCAUCGGGAACUCGGAGGAGGAAAGAGAAGCUGCGUACUUCAAUUUGGGAUACGAUAUUCUCAAUUAUGUUUUAGCCCCGGCUUUAUAG